AUGGCAGACAGACGCACAUUUCUAAGAAGAUACCUGCAUUGCAAUCUGUGUUCAAAGAUUUUCAGAGACCCUGUGUCUCUGGGCUGCAGCCACAGUUUCUGUUUUAGCUGCCUGAAAACAUUCUGGGAACAAGAAAAAGACAGAAAUUGUCCCAUUUGUGAAAAAAAAUCCUCAAAAGAAGAAACUGGUGUGAACGUUGCUCUGAAGGAGCUGGCUGAUUCUUUUGCUGGGAGACAGAAAAGUGAAUCAUUCAGAAGAGGAAAACAGGAGAAGGGAUGGGAUGGGACUUGUUUCUGUAAAGACAGUAAUGGCCCGCAGUUGUUCUGUGUGGACGAGCAGAGAAUUGUUUGUACUGUCUGUGACUUUCCUCAUUACCAGAGUCACAAAGUGGUUCCUGUAGAAGAAGCAGUCAGUGUCCUAAAGAAACAUCUAAAAUCUGACUUAAAGUCUCUGCAGGACAAGAGGAACAAAUACAAAAAAGUGGAGAAAACAUACAAUGAAGUGAUUCAACACUCCAAGAAGCAGCUGUUGUCCACAGAGAGGCAGAUCAGAGCAGAGUUCAACAAGCUCCAGCAGUUCCUGAAAGAGGAAGAGGAGUCCAGACUGGCAGCUCUGAGGGAGGAAGAGGAGCAGAAGGGGAGGACUAUCAGCAGAGAGAUGAAGAUGAUUAAGGAGCAGAUCUCCUCUCUGUCAGACAGCAUCUCUGCUGUUGAAGAAGAGCUGCAGAAACACAGCGUGCCAUUCCUCAGCAGUUAUAAAGACACUCAGAGCAGAGCCAGAGCCCAGAGCUCAGUGUCAGAUCCACAGCUGGUCUCAGGAGCACUGAUAGAUGUGGCCAAACACCUGGGCAACCUGUCCUUCAGAGUGUGGGAGAAGAUGAAGGAGAAGGUCCACUUCAGUCCUGUCAUUCUGGAUCCAAACACUGCACACCCAGUUCUCUGUCUGUCUGAUGAUUUGACCAGUGCGAGACAUGGAGACACAAAACAGCAGCUUCCUGAUAAUCCAGAGAGAAACACUAUGUAUGCCGAUGUUUUUGGCUCUGAGGGCUUCAGCUCAGAGAAACACAGCUGGGAGGUGGAGGUGGGAGACCAUUUCAGCUGGAAUAUAGGUUUAAUUAAAGCAUCAGUUGACAGGAAAGGAGAAUAUCCUGUUUCACCAAUAAAUGGAAUUUGGUGUUUAGUGCAUCGCAAUGGAAAAUAUAAUAAUGGUGACGGUCAGACUGUGACAGUGAAGAAGAGUCUCCAGAGGAUCAGAGUCCAGCUGGACUAUGACAGGGGGGAGGUGUCCUUCUAUGACCCUGAAGACAUGACUCACAUCUACACUCACAGAGACACUUUCACUGAGAAACUCUUGCCAUACUUUUGUAUUUUUAAUGUUGAUGAUGCAAAGAUUUCAGAUAUCAAAAUCUGUGAAACUAAGACUAAUUGUAAAGAUUAA